AUGACAACCCAGACAAUCAAAAGGGGUGACUUCCUCAACGCAUUAAACUUUGCGCAAAACAACAUUUUGGAAAUUAACAAGAGUUUGCUACGAGGUGAAACAGCAGCAGCAGCGGAGGCUCAAAUCCACAAUGCGUGGAAAUCCAUCAUUGCCUGCUCCGAGGAAGCAGAGGCCGGCGGUAGAGAGCAAGAUCGCCUUGCGCUGCUUCUACUCGAAACUCGAGCGACCGACACCCUUUUCUUCCCAGUUCAGAUGCGGCAGAUAGACGGUGCCAGUGCCUCACUUUGGAGCAACCUCCCUUUCCUCGUGGAAGACAUAGUCAUUGCCUGGGAGGACCGCUGGGAAACGAUGCGUCCCGACUACCGCUGCAACUUCAUCUCAUUCACCGCCCGACUGUUCGCCAUUGGGGCUUGUAGCGACUGGAUCGCCUUGUGCGGCCUUGACCUCCUGCGCGAAGUGCUCGAGACCCCAAUCUUGCUGCUCCCCAAACCGCAGCAGUUCGGCAAAAGCGACAAUUUCAAGGCGGCAGCGGCGCCGUCCAUCCCUCGACUGCAGACGCCAAUCUCGUUCGACCCCAAGACGGUGCUCGAGCUCCUCCCCGCGCUGCGCAGCUUCCUCGACUUUGGGAGCGCCAGGCUCGCGGCCCUCUGCAACCUCUCGGCCGACGCCGGGCCCCUCCCCGCGGGACUGGAGCGACUGCGCGGCCAGGCCGACCCGGGCCCGCUGGCUCGAGAUGCAGGCGUCGUCGCGGGGCCUUGCGGCUUUGCGCCGCAGCGAUGGCAUUUUUGGACGCGGCGACUGAUGGAGAUCUCGGAGGUUUGCACGUCGAGCACGAAAGAUGGACUCAUCGCCAGCGAGGCGGCGACCUGCCUUGGGCGCAUGUGGGACAAGGAGGAGUUGAUAGCCGGGCCGUUGACGCAGGGCAAGGCGGUGAACUUGGACGAAGAUCUCGCGAGGCGGCAAAAGUUAGGACUGGUGGCCACUUUCCUAUCAUAA